GGUUCUCUUGGCACGACCGGAAGUGGCCGUUGAAGCCGGCUGUAGGCGUGAAAAGACGUUGGUGCUGGGGAAGUCCAGCCGCUUUGGCUCCCUUCGCUAGGUUUGGUGAUUGUCCCAGCGCUGCCGGACCCGAGAUCAGAGUGUGUGGGUUGCUGCAGAGAAAGGGAAGCCCAGGUAUCACCAUGGCAACCGCCAGCCCUCCGGCCGCGUGACGUCACCCUUCUCUUUGCUUGAGGCGGCCUCUCCGAGAGGGAGCUGGGGAGUCCUCGAAGGGGGCGCCCCUCGCCUCCUCCAGUGCGGGGCGGUUGCGCGCUGAUCCCUUGGAGGGCUUUGUUCUUUUGUUCCGGUCUAGGAGGAAGGACUGGAGCCGGGCCCCGCCCUGCUUGUCCGCCUUCCAGCUUUUCUGCUCCGCAACAGCAGGAGUGCCACAUGCCUGUUUAGUGCUUUCUCUAGGCACUUCCCUUUUCUAAGGACUUCUUGGGCACUCUGCAAAAUUCUGAGAUGUGAUCCUGUGACGGACGCUGCUGACCCCAUCUUGUGUCUUUUGGGCAGCCAAUCUCAGCGUGUGUAAGGGCUCAGACUCCUUGCUGGACAUCUGAGCCCUAGACCAAGGACCCAGCCGGAGAUAGGCUGCUUGGGAAACUCUGAUGUCCAGGUUCCAGAGGAACGGGAUGAGCUGAGAUGGAAGAUCUAUCCUCUCCAGAGUCUACUGUUCUCCAAGGGAGACCUACUCUAUUCCCAUCAGCCAGUUUUCAGGAAUCAGUGACCUUCAAGGAUGUGACAGUGGACUUUACCCAGGAAGAAUGGAAACAGCUGGAUCCUGUACAGAGAGAUUUGUUCAGGGAUGUGACAUUAGAAAAUUAUACACACCUGGUCUCUAUAGGACUCCAAGUUUCCAAACCUGAUGUGAUUUCCCAGUUAGAGCAAGGGACAGAGCCAUGGAUCAUGGAGCCCAGCAUUCCAGUACAUACCUUUGGAGAGUGGGAGACAAGACCAGAAAAUGACAUAUCAGUCCCAAAGCUGGACAUUUCUGAGGAACAGCCAUCUCAAGAGGCAAUAUUGGGAGAAUGCAAAAAGGAUGAUCCGUGUAGUUCCAACUUCUUAGAAAGUUGGGAAUCUGAAAGCAGUGUAGAGAGGCAGCAGGCAAACCAACAGCCACUGCUAAGAGAAAUAAAAAUAACUGAAAAGACAAUACCCACUUGGGAGAGAGGCCCUGUAAAUAAUGACUUUGAAAAAAGCAUCAAUGUGGGUUUAAACCUUGUAACACAACAAGAAAUAUCUCCAGAAGAGACCUCUGCUAAAACAAGUGUCAAACAGAAUUCAAACCCAGUUAAAAAAGAGAAAUCUUGUAAGUGCAAUGAGUGUGGGAAAGCUUUUAGUUAUUGUUCAGCUCUUAUUCGCCAUCAGAGAACACAUACUGGAGAAAAACCCUACAAAUGUAAUGAAUGUGAAAAAGCCUUUAGCCGGAGUGAAAACCUUAUAAACCAUCAAAGAAUUCAUACUGGAGAUAAACCGUAUAAAUGUGAUCAGUGUGGAAAAGGCUUCAUUGAGGGUCCAUCUCUUACUCAACAUCAAAGAAUUCAUACUGGAGAAAAACCCUAUAAAUGUGAUGAAUGUGGGAAAGCCUUUAGUCAGAGGACCCAUCUUGUUCAGCAUCAAAGAAUUCAUACUGGUGAGAAACCAUAUACUUGUAACGAGUGUGGAAAAGCCUUUAGCCAGAGAGGCCACUUUAUGGAACAUCAGAAAAUUCAUACAGGAGAAAAACCUUUUAAAUGUGAUGAAUGUGAUAAAACCUUUACCAGGAGCACACACCUUACUCAACAUCAAAAAAUUCAUACUGGAGAGAAAACCUAUAAAUGUAAUGAAUGUGGGAAGGCCUUCAAUGGGCCCUCAACAUUUAUCCGUCAUCAUAUGAUUCAUACUGGUGAAAAGCCAUAUGAAUGCAAUGAAUGCGGGAAAGCCUUUAGUCAGCACUCAAACCUCACUCAGCAUCAGAAAACACAUACUGGGGAGAAACCUUAUGAUUGUGCUGAAUGUGGAAAAUCCUUUAGUUACUGGUCAUCCCUUGCUCAACAUCUGAAAAUUCACACUGGAGAAAAACCUUACAAAUGCAAUGAAUGUGGAAAGGCCUUCAGUUACUGCUCAUCCCUUACUCAGCAUCGGAGAAUUCACACCAGAGAAAAGCCCUUUGAAUGCAGUGAAUGUGGAAAGGCUUUCAGUUAUCUCUCAAACCUUAAUCAACAUCAGAAGACUCAUACCCAAGAGAAAGCCUAUGAAUGUAAGGAAUGUGGGAAAGCCUUUAUUCGGAGUUCAUCUCUUGCCAAACAUGAAAGAAUUCAUACUGGUGAGAAACCCUAUCAGUGUCACGAAUGUGGGAAAACUUUCAGUUAUGGCUCAUCCCUUAUUCAGCAUAGAAAAAUACAUACUGGAGAAAGACCUUACAAGUGUAAUGAAUGUGGGAGAGCCUUCAACCAGAACAUACACCUUACGCAACAUAAGAGAAUUCACACAGGAGCAAAGCCUUAUGAGUGUGCUGAGUGUGGCAAAGCCUUUCGACAUUGUUCAUCUCUUGCGCAACAUCAAAAAACUCACACAGAAGAAAAACCCUACCAGUGUAAUAAAUGUGAAAAGUCUUUCAGCCAGAGUUCCCAUCUGACUCAGCAUCAACGAAUUCACACCGGAGAGAAGCCCUAUAAGUGCAAUGAAUGUGACAAAGCCUUUAGCCGGAGCACUCAUUUGACUGAACAUCAGAAUACUCACACUGGGGAGAAACCUUAUAACUGUAAUGAGUGCAGGAAGACUUUCAGCCAGAGCACUUACCUUAUUCAGCAUCAGAGAAUUCAUUCAGGAGAGAAACCUUUUGGAUGUAAUGAUUGUGGAAAAGCCUUCAGAUAUCGUUCUGCUCUCAAUAAACAUCAGAGACUGCACCCUGGCAUAUGACUGUUCUAGGAACAUCAUAAUGUAGGGGAUGCAUUUACUUUAGUUUGUCCUUUUGUAAGUCCUGAGAAUCAGAUUGGAUUGAGAAACUGUUAAAAUAUUUUGACUUUUCCCUGUCACACUAUGGAAUGGAAAGUACAUUGGGCUGAAGUAAUCCAGUUAUGUUGUUGAGCAACUUUGUGACAUUGGAAAAUUCAACUGUUUUAAGCUUCAGUUUCCUUUGUGAAAUGAGGGAUUUGGAGUAGAUGAUUUCAAAGGUCAUUUGGAGUUUUAUAUUCAGUUUUGUAUAUUCACAAUAUAUUUUUGAAUAGGAUUAUUAUCCAUGAGCAUUUUGCUGUGUUGCAUCUAGAAUGUGUAUAUUUAUGCAUGUUUUGGCAAUAGAAAGCAUUUGUGCUUCAGUAACUAGACUGGGGAUCUAUUAUGCUCCUAUUCUAAUGCAUUUGUUUAAGUAACUGGUUCCUAAUAAAAAGAAUUAUAAAGUACCCUCAAAUUAGUAAUUCAGUAACAUAUAAUGGCUUAACUCGAUACAAGUAUUAAACCUUCCUAUUAUUUUCUCUUCCAGUAUGUUUUAACAUUCUAGGAAUUUAUGACAACUACAGAGAUCCUCUUCUACAGUUUAAACUAGUGUUAUUUAACCCAAGUUAUAUAGUGGAAUCACUUCAGGAACUUUAUAAAAUUCUCUUGCCAAGGCCCUACCCCCAGAGACUGUAAUUUAAUUGGGCUAUCGGUUGGGACCCAGGCUUAUUUUUUUUUAAACUCCUAAUGUGUACCCUGGAAGAACAACUGGGUUAGAUUUCAGUACCCACUCCUUUAGUUAGUAGCUUCUUUUUGUUGCUCCUCCUAGAAGCCUCACAGAUUAGCUGUGUUCAGUACAUGUAAUGUAAUUUUGACUGUCAUCUUGUUCUGUAAAUUGGGUUCUCACAAGCUUUGGGAGGUAGGGUCAAUUUGUUUCUUCACUAAAGUGCAGAAAUUAAAUGGUCGUGUAAACUAA